AAUACGAAUACGUCAACAGCAGCGCCAUCUGCGUUUGACAUAAGUCGGCUGGAUAUGUUACGACAUUUUUUGUUAUCAAACAGAGUCGCGUGAAUGGCACUCUAGAGCUUUCUAGAAACAUGGCAAAAUCUGGUAUGUCUGAGUCUGAUGUGGAUAGCGAUAGCGAAGGGGCCAAGUCGAUGGAAACGCAACAAACAACUGAAAACAAAACCCCGGAAACCAACACGUCCGUAAAUGUAAUCUCCAAACGGGUCAAAGUAUCAACCCCCAUAAGCAUCCUCAUCGAAAGCCUGGUCAAAAACCUGUGUAGCGUGUACGAAUCAGACACCGGAAAAGUAACCAAAAUGUAUAACCUGAUCUGCGACAAACUCUUCCAAAUGAACAUGAUUGACGAAAGCUACCUGAUGACGGAGUUUGAGGGCAUGCGCUCCGCCUACCAACAAGCUUUCCACCACUUGUUGAAGACGUCCAUGGGGGGCGACAGCGCGGUCUGCGGGCGCCCCGAGUGGCCCAAGAACGACGUCAUCAACUCCCACUACUACCAAGAGUUCGACGAAAUUGAGUACAUCGCCGGCGGCGGAUUUGGACAAGUCUUCAAAGUCAAGCAUAAACUGGACGGGACUGAGUAUGCAGUCAAGAAGAUUCCGAUUCGCGCUGAAGGGAUUGAAGCCGUUAGAAACUAUCUGUCGGAAGUGAAGACUUUCGCCAGUGUGAAUCACUCGAAUAUUGUGCAGUAUAAGGCCGCCUGGCUGGAACUGGGGGGCUCCACGUCGAACAUCAUUCACGACGAAACUGAGUCAUUUAGUGAGGACAGCGAAACGCACUCGCAUCUUGACGAUGAGUACAUUUAUCAGGAUCAGCCUCAUUCUUUUUCGGAUGAAUGCAAGGUGGAUGACACUUCAGAUUUUGAGGUUAAUUUCGAGCAUAGUGCCACUAGUGUGACGAAUCACGGGGUGGUGCGCAAGAGGAUUAAGAGGAGUAGUAUUUCAGAAGGGGGCAAAGCCAUUUGUAAGUUGGAUAUGAAGGAAAUAAGGGAGUUGAAGAUGCAACAAAAAGCGAAUGUUAAGUGGGCGACUUUGUACAUACAGAUGGCGCUGUGUCAGUCCACUUUGAGACAGUGGUUGGAGAGUAGGAAUGACGCAGAGGUGGAAAGUGGAGAUAAGGCGUUAGUUCCGGUCACUGGGCACGUUCGAAGUGAAACUAUUUAUGAGGUGCUUAGACAACUACUGAAAGGUGUGGAAUACAUCCAUUCCAAAGGAAUCGUCCACCACGACAUCAAACCAAGCAACAUCUUCAUCCAAAUCGAAAACGGGAGUUUGUUGGUCCAACUAGGUGAUUUUGGGUUAGCUUGUCCUUUACAAAAUGUCCGCCACAGUUUAGCGUUUGGUACUAAGCUAUAUGCCGCUCCUGAACAACUGGACGGUCAAUGUGAUCCAAAGAGUGAUAUUUAUUCCUUGGGGAUAGUACUAUUUGAACUAGUUGAACGCUUUCGCACUGACAUGGAACGAGUACAAUACAUCGACGAUCUCAGAAAAGGAAAACUACCACCACACGUCCACGUCCAACACCCUCAGCUGGCCCAGAUCAUCACCCAGUUGAUGCUGAAGUACCCGCAAGAUCGCCCAGACGCCACUUCGUUACUUAAAACCCUAACGCACGGCUCAGAUGCAGAUUAUGUAAGAGAAUUAGAAUGUAAAUUAGCUGAGAGAGAUGAGGAGAUUUUAAGACUCAAAGAGUUACUUAAGACAGCAGGUGUUAAAAGUAUCUAAUUAUGAUAUUAAUAAAACUUUUAAAUAUGUCAUUUUUAAGUUUAUAGUUUGCACAUUUUACUUUACUAUUUUUUCGUGUGCAGAUGUAGUCGUUGGGAGUUUUAUCUUUAUGUAAAAGACUCUGAUUUAUUUAUUGAGUUGAGAACAGUAUUUUUUUAGUUUUUAUUAUCUCAUGUGAGUUAGGCUUAGUUUUGUCAAGCCGAUUUUGAUUGCUUGGUGAAAUGCACAAUACUGCCUUUUGGGUGCAUUUAAGUCCUAAGUAGUUGUAGGAGUAAGUUUGUGGCGAGAAAGUAGCGUGAUUGAGGCGUGUUUUGUACAAUUUUUAGAUUACUUGUUGUACAUUUCCAUGACUGAACAUGAAUUGUUUUUAUUCAUGUAACAUGAAAUUGUGAUAAUAAACAAAAGAUGAAAUAAAAUAUUUUUUAAA